AUGCGAAUGGUAGAAGCUAGUAGAACAGGGGAAGCCCUAAUGAUCAGGGAGCGACUGCUCCAGUCCAAGGCUGAACCACUGGCCUUGUUUUAUACGAAAGCCCUUGGUUACACCAUUGUUGUUUGGGGUUUCCUAGUACAGAGGCGCAGGCCUCCAACAGCCCCUCUCCAAGCCCUGUUCUGCCCUGAAGAAGGCUUCCAGAUUCUGGAGGACAAAGGGGUCAGUUCCCCCAUGUGCCUCAAGUUGCCAUUUCAGGGUUCCGGGGUCUCAAUCCUCUCCAUGACUUUAUGUGGUAGAGCUUGUGAUCCCCGUUUACAGCCCAGGGCUGAGGAGUCAGGGGAUCAGAGCAAGUCCAAGGAGCCCAAUUCUUCUGGGAAAAAGAACUUUGGGGAGAAGCCAGGCAGCCUCCAAAACCUCUCCAUCUCCCUGAAUCCAAACCAGGUCUGCAAACUCGGCCUGGAACAGGACAGAGGCAGACAGCAGGGCCUUCCACCUCCACCCAGCGCAGCCCCAAGGCGCCUUCUCGCAGGGUGUGUGAGGAGCGAGCAGGGUGGGCUGGGGGCAGGCACCGCGGGGAGGGGUCAGAGGCGUGGUGGGAGAGGUGAGGUCAGGGGAGGGGACGAGUCGGGGCGUAACCCGGAGGCGGGCAAGGGUCUCCGAGGAGAAGGAGUUGGGAAAGUGGUCUGGGGAGAUGCGGCGCAGAAGUCAGCGCAGGGCGGCCGCGGGGCAGCUGGGGGCCUGGUGGAGGGCGGGGGCGGCGAGGAAGCGAGAUCCGCGGGGUUGGUACCGUCAGCCGCCGUCCAAGCCCCCACCUCGGGCCGCCGUCCGAGCCCCCUUCCAGCCCCCGGGGCGCCCAAAUCUCCAGUCCCUGCUCCACCCCCGGGGCUUCGGUUCCCACCGCCUGCGGUCGCGGAGUUUCGCUCAAGUCCCGGCUGCUCCUGCCCGGACCGGCUCCCGCAGCGCGCAGGGCCCCCUGCCUCCCCGCCUUCCCCCGGGGAACGCGGGUCUCACCUGGGGGCGGGGGGUGCCACUGUGUCCCUCUCAGAGACAGUGCAGAAAUGGCGAGAAUACCGACACCAGUGCCAACGCUUCCUGACUGAGGCUCCACCCCCAGCCACAGGCCUGUUUUGCAAUCGGACCUUCGAUGAGUAUGCCUGCUGGCCAGACGGGCUGCCGGGCUCCUUCGUGAAUGUCAGCUGCCCCUGGUACCUGCCCUGGGCCAGCAGUGUGCUGCAGGGCCACGUGUACCGGUUCUGCACAGCCGAGGGCCUGUGGCUGCGCCAGGACAACUCCAGCCUGCCCUGGAGGAACCUGUCUGAGUGCGAGGAGUCCAAGCGAGGGGAGAGAAGCUCCCCAGAGGAGCAGCUCCUGUCCUUUUCCAUCAUCUACACGGUGGGCUACACACUCUCCUUCUCCGCUCUGGUCAUCGCCUCGGCCAUCCUCCUGAGCUUCAGACACCUGCACUGCACCCGGAAUUACAUCCACCUGAACCUGUUUGCGUCCUUCAUCCUCCGAGCGCUGUCCGUCUUCAUCAGGGACGCGGUACUCAAGUGGAUGUACAGCACAGCCCCCCAGCAGCACCAAUGGGAUGGGCUCCUCUCCUACCAGGAUUCUCUGGGCUGCCGCCUGGUGUUCCUGCUCAUGCAGUACUGCGUGGCGGCCAAUUACUACUGGCUCCUGGUGGAGGGCGUGUACCUGUACACGCUGCUGGCCUUCUCAGUCUUCUCCGAGCAGCGCAUCUUCAGGCUCUAUCUGAGCAUAGGCUGGGGUGUCCCCCUGCUGUUUGUUAUCCCUUGGGGCAUUGUCAAGUACCUCUAUGAGGAUGAAGGCUGCUGGACCAGGAACUCAAACAUGAAUUACUGGCUCAUUAUCCGGCUGCCCAUUCUCUUUGCCAUUGGGGUGAACUUCCUCAUCUUUGUCCGGGUCAUCUGCAUUGUGGUGUCCAAACUGAAAGCCAAUCUCAUGUGCAAGACGGACAUCAAGUGCAGACUUGCCAAGUCCACACUGACACUCAUCCCCCUGCUGGGAACCCAUGAGGUCGUCUUUGCCUUUGUGAUGGAUGAACAUGCACGGGGGACGCUGCGCUUCAUCAAGCUGUUCACAGAGCUCUCCUUCACCUCCUUCCAGGGGCUGAUGGUGGCCAUCUUGUACUGCUUUGUCAACAAUGAGGUCCAGAUGGAGUUUCGGAGGAGCUGGGAGCGCUGGCGGCUCAAGCACUUGCACAUCCAGAGGGACAGCAGCAUGAAGCCCCUCAAGUGUCCCACCAGUAGCCUGACCAGCGGGGGCACGGUGGGCAGCAGUGUGUAUGCAGCCUCCUGCCAGGCCUCCUGCAGCUAA